CAGAUUUUAAUCAGACACUAUAUUUUCAAAGACGUACCAUGAUGAUUUACGACGCGAGUGGUCGUGUAAAGUGUUCUUUCAGCUCAAACCGCCUAUCAAUUAAAGGUGCAUACCCAGCAGUUCACUGUCAGUUGAGAGGUUGUCGCUCAUUGGUGCGUCCGUCGCAACAUCGUCUAUGUCAACCAAUAACGUACCACGUGUACAAUUUGGAUUAUACCGUUUUCUCGUUUCCACUGCAUAGUUUAGAGUAGGCAUCCUGUAGUUCCUGUUUUCGCAGUUAUCAACCACCUGUUAGCGAGCAGACUACUUGUGCCUCAGGGCAAAUCCAAGAUGGCGUCCGCACUAGCAGGAGAACUAACAUGUGUCGUCUGCUCCGAUUUCUACAGUUCCCCCGUUUUGCUAACAUGUCACCACAGCUUCUGCCUGAUGUGUGUGAGGAAACUCGCCGAAGGACUGGAGAGAAACCAAGAAAAUGAGAAUAUUGGUGAGGCGACGGCAGACGUUAACGUUGUCAGCUGCCCGCAGUGUGGGCAGGAAACGAGCCUUAAUAAGGGCGGGGUGGACGAUCUGCCGAGGAACUUUCUACUCCAGAACAUUGUGAAGGGUUAUCUGAAAGAUAAGGAGAGGGAGAGGAAGAAGAUGUCUGUGAGCGAGUUCGAGGGCAAGCUUGUUCUGUGUGAUUUUUGUGUGGGUUCGUCGGCGGCGGCCAGGACGUGUUUAGAGUGCCGCCUGGCGUACUGCUCGCGGUGCCUGCCCGUGGUUCACCCGCCCAGAGGGAACCUGGCCAGACACACGCUCAGGAAACCCGAGCUGGAGGAGGAGGAGAGGAUCAGGUGUGCAGAGCACGGGGAGACUGUGACGAUCUACUGCUCGUCGUGCCAGACCGCCAUCUGUAUGCAGUGCGACCGGUCGGGAAGGCACCGGGGCCAUGACAGGUCGGACCUCACCCAUGCCUGCCAGGCAACUAAGGAUGAUCUGGAAAGCAGCGUUCGCGGCCUGAAAGAACGGAAUUCAGAGAUAGACAACUUUGUGAAGCGACUGUCCAAAGCAUGUGGUACUGUACAGGUGAACGGCCUGCAGCUGGUGGAGGAGGUCCACAGUCGGUGCACGGAGCUGCAUCAGCUGAUCGAGCAGCGGGAGCGGAGCAUGCUGGGAACGGUGUACCGUGAGAUGGAGAAGAAGCUGUGUGUGCUGGAGGACCAGAUCACGGCUUACAAGGAACAACAGCGUAAAGGAGAAGGCCUUGUGGAGUUCAGCAGGGAAGCGCUCAAGGAACAGGACCAUGCCACUUUUCUCCAGACGGUCCACUCUUUGAUAACCCGGGUGCGAGAGACCACAGACGACCGGCCGGCGUUCACGUUCCCAACACGGCCAAGUUUUGAAAACCUCAGCCUCGACUUGGAGAGCGCGAAGGUUGAGCUGGAAAAGAUCGACCUUUUGGACAACAACAACCUCCUGCCUGAUCCUGAUGUUAAACUGGGGGAUAGAGACAGUGACAGAAGCGUUUAAACUAAACAGAUUAGAAAGAACUUACUUGGAUACAGGAGUUUUCUUUUACACAACCAAGCUCGACCAACCUUGCUUACGUUUCGGUGUCUAUCAGACACCUUCCUCUGAGCUUCUAACUGGAGUUCUGCUUCUCACCGCUAUACGUAGGUGGCGCUUUUGCGGCGAGAACACAAUCCCAACUUUCUUUUCUGAGAAAUUAUAGCCAACCUGAAUCCACAUCUUCAUGAUGGUCUGACUACAUGCGCUCUGCUUCUGGCUUAUUCAAAUGGAAAAUACAUUUCAGUUAUCUUUAUUUAGUAGAUUUAGAGUUUAUAGAUAUACGUUGUUUUUGUAAAUAAACCCUGACGAUGAGCUGUUAUUUGGAAGAUUAUGUAAAUAAGAUCCUCGUUUGCAUGAAUUAUAUCAGCUUAUCAUAUUUGGCACCCAAUGCAGUCUAUUCUAGCAUUUCCUCAUAAAUUAUGCAAAUGAGUUGAGUGAAUCAUUUUAGGUGAUGCUGACCUUAUUGAACUUCCAAAUAUGGCAAGCAUUAAAUUCACAGCACUAUAAAAUUACAUCAACUAUCUAUUAAUCAUGCGUCGUAGGUCGUCAUUUACACAAUCAAUAUUUGC